AUGGCGGCCUCACAACUGGCAGCGCUGGAGGGAGAGGAAUCGGGGGCCGAGGAGCUGCUGCCCGUGACCGAGGCCAGCCCCUGCUUCCUGUAUUCUGAGGGGCAGCGGCUGGCGCUGGAAGCCCUGCUGAGCCACGGGGCCGAGGCCUUCGACGCCUGCGUGCAGCGCGAGGGGCUGCGAAGCUUCCUGAGCAGCGAUGAGAUCCAGUGGCUGGCGGAAGCAGCAGAAGACUGGGUGGGAGCCGGGCAGGAGCCUGAAGGGAUGACUGAGGGAGCAGCCGUCGAUGCCGUUGUUGGGGACACGGGUACCUCAACCUACUGGCCUGAGCAGUCGGAGGAGCCGGUGCCCCUGCUGCAGCUGGGCUGGCCAGAGGAAACCACCUGGAAGGGCAUUACGCGGGCGCAGCUCUACACGCAGCCACCUGGUGACGGGCAACCUCCACUCAAGCAGCUAGUGCGCCGGGAGAUCCAGGCUGCCCACAAGCUUGUGGCCGUGGUGAUGGACGUCUUCACUGACCCAGACCUGCUCCUGGACCUGGUGGAUGCCGCCACGCGCCGCUGGGUGCCCGUCUACCUGCUCCUGGACCACCUGCGGCUCCCAGCCUUCCUGGAACUGGCCCAGAAGCUGGGGCUGAAUCCCUGGGCCACGGAGAAUCUGGACGUGCGUGUGGUCCGGGGCUGCAGUUUCCAGAGCCGCCAGCGACGGCAGGUGUGCGGCCACGUGCGGGAGAAGUUUGUGCUGCUGGACGGAGACCGGGUCAUCUCUGGGUCCUACAGCUUCACCUGGAGCGACGCCCGCCUGCACCGGGGUCUGGUGACGCUGCUGACGGGGGAGAUCACAGACACCUUCAGCCGCGAGUUCCGGACGCUGUACGCGGCCUCUCGGCCUCUCCCGCCGGCGCCGGCCCCGCGCCUCUCCACUGUGGCCGGCGUCCCUGGGGGGCUGCAGCCGGCCCGCAGUCCGCACCAUGUGGACGGCCCGCUGGCCCAGCGCUGCGCCAUGGCCCCUGCCACGCCGCCACAGCCCGCACAGGACCGCCCGCUGGCCCAGCGCCUGGCCGCCUGCCGCGUCUCCCAGGGGGACAGGAAGGAGGCCCCCGCACCCCCGGGGACGGCGCUCAGUGACAUCCUAAGGAGCAUGCGGGCCCGGGCUUCCAGCGGCCCCCCGACCCGGCCCAGCCGUUCGCUCUGGGACUUGAGCCGCCUGUCGCAGCUCUCUGGGUCCAGCGAUGGCGAGACCAACGAGACUAAGAAGUUGUGGGGCUCCAAGGACACCCCAGCCAAGGCCCUGAUGCGACAGCGGGGCACCGGUGGGGGCCCCUGGGCGGAGGCCGACUCCCGCCCGCUGGCCUGGCCUCAGCCCUGGGGUGGACCCUUCACCCUGUUCCCCGGCCGCCACUUCCGCAACCUGCCCAUGCCACAGAGGAAGAUUAGGGAAGAGGCUGGAGCCACGCUUUGGGAACCCAGAGGUGUUCGGCAUCCGGAUUGGGCGAUUCGGACAGGACUCGGGGGGCGUCCUUGAUGGGGACCCCCCUAAACCAGAUCUGGCUGUCUCAUGCCACACCCUGAGCCAGGUCUCUGACUCCAGGGCCCCCUCUAGAAACCGCAAAGGUUUUGUCAGCUCAUCUUGGAACUCGGGCCGGCUCAGGGUCGUUUUGCUCCGGACCUGCCCAUCAUGGGCUGCAGAAUGGAGCCCUGCGCUGAGGCAGUAGCACUGGACUCCUCGAGAGAGGCUGCGGUCCCCCCUCCCCCGAACUGUGUGGAGUGGGAAUGGGGUCCUGCAGGAUGGCUGCCCACUCCCACAUGCCCAGGAGCUGAGGGCGAGCAGUUGGGAAGUGGGAGG